AUGCCGUUCGGACAGCUAGUGAUCGGGCCGCCAGGCUCCGGAAAGUCGACAUAUUGCGAUGGGAUGCAGCAAUUCAUGGGCGCAAUCGGGCGCAAUUGUUCCAUUGUCAAUCUCGAUCCCGCCAAUGAUCGGACCUCUUAUGAAGCGGCGCUGGAUAUUCGGGAUCUCGUCACCCUUGAUGAGAUCAUGAAGGACGAGGAGCUGGGGCCGAAUGGAGCGAUUUUAUAUGCCCUGGAAGAGCUAGAACAUAACAUGUCAUGGCUCGACGAGGGACUUAAAGGCCUCGGAGAGGAUCAGUAUGUCAUAUUUGAUUGCCCUGGACAAGUCGAGCUCUUCACCCAUCACGCGUCCUUGAAGAACAUCUUCGUGCACCUGCAGAAGAUAGGGUACAGACUAGUAGUUCUACACCUCCUCGACAGUCAUGUCCUAACACAACCAUCACUCUACAUCUCCGCACUCCUAGUUGCCCUCCGCGGCAUGCUGCAAAUGGAGCUUCCCCACCUGAACGUCUUCACCAAAAUCGACAAUCUCGCGAGCUACCCGCCUCUUCCCUUCGGUCUGGAGUUCUACACCGAAGUCCACGACCUCACCUACCUCCUCCCAUACAUGGAGGACGAACAGCGCCUUUUCCCCCGCCAACCCACCUCCCUACCCUCCGACACCGGCCACCCCGACACCACCAAGCCCCAAUCAAAGCUCGCCCGCCUCGGCCUCGCCCUCGCAGAGCUAGUCACCGACUUCGGCCUCCUCUCUUUCCACACCCUCGCCGUGGAAGACAAGCAGUCGAUGAUGACCCUGCUCCGUGCGAUCGACACCGCCGGCGGCUAUAUCUUCACCGGCCGGCCCGGCGAUGCGGAGGCAUCAAACGAGGCAGCCGUCUGGCAGACGGCGAUGCGGGAGGGCGCGACGAUGAUGGAUGCGCGGGACGUGCAAGAGCGCUGGGUGACGCGGCGGGCGGAGUUCGAUGAGAUAGAGCGGAAGGGGUGGAGGGAGGAGGCGGGGUUGCCGGCGGAAGAAGAGGAAGGUGGCGAGGUGCGGAAUGCGGCGGAUUUGCGGGGUCGAGGCGGAUCGCAGGAGAGGAAAGAGGAGGGGGAUAUGUGGAAUCCGAGCGACAGCGGGAUCAAAGUCGUAAAGAAACACGGUUAA